AUGGGGCCCCCGGGCAAUAGGGGAUCAUAGGGCCCCAGUGUCCUUGCCCAAACUCAAAAAAGCCUAUGUAAAAGGUACCAGGGGCAUCUCAUGGGGCUCCCUACUAACCCCGGGCCCUCGGACACCCUGAUCCCAGGACUGAUCUGUAAAGGGACAGUUUACCCAAAAGCAUGACUGUCCUGGCCAGGGGCGGACUGACAACUCAUGGGGCCCCUAGGCAAUAGGGGAUCAUGGGGCCCCUGUGUCCUUGCCCAAACUCAAAAAAAAGCCUAUGAAAAAUGUACCAGGGGCAUCUCAUGGGGCCCCCUACUGACCCCAGGCCAUCGGGCAGUGCCCGAGUUUCCAAAUGGUCAGUCCGCCCCUGGUCCUGGCAAAUCUGGGAGAGUUGGCUUGUAUGCAUAAAUAAAA